AUGAAGCGACGAACAAGUCCCUACAUCGACCUUACCACUUGUCGCAAUGAACUGUUACCCUUGAAGAGCGCAAUGUUAAUGCUGGAAUUCUCGUCGCACGAUUCGUAUCAUUCUCUAUUCGGCCAGCAGGAUCUUAUGAAGACUUCCGGCCUCCUACAUCGAAUAUCCUUACAUUCCAAUGAAGUCUGUCGACUCUCAUGUUUCUGUUCCAGCACAUGGCUGAGAUCUGCGCAUAUACCCUACGAUGUUUGUCGUUUUCCGCUCAGGGAGACCCCAUUAAGCACUGCAAGGAUGUCUGCACGUACUGUGAUCGACGCGGUAUUGUGUGCCGUCAUCGUCAGCCGUUGUUUGAAGGUGUGCGGCAAGCCUACGUACCAGGCUUGGGACCAACCAUCACCCUCCGUCUUUAAUUCCUCGCCAUUUUUGAAGGUUAAACCAAUUGUUCGAACAAACGUUCCCUUGGCAUAUUGCCCUACCCUGGUUCAAUCGAAGUCACUAUCGAAUGUGACGACGUAUUCCCCUCGUAUCCAUAGCUUUCAUCUCGGAGCACUUUCUUGCUUACCUGUGGGCGAGCCCGUCCAAUUCCUCGAAGUCGACAACAAAAAAAAGAAGACAUGUCCCGUCUCGGCCUCACCUCUGGCAUUCCCUGUUUUCCUGGUCUUCUUCCGCUCAGGCGCACAGUUACAGCAACGGUUGAUGGUCCAGCCGAUGGAUGAUGAUAUCUUUAUCUGCACAGAACAAGUCAAUCGUCCCUUGGAAGGAAUCGGUCGGCGACCACUUGACCUAGCCGCGAGUCCGAGCUCGUCUCCAACUUUCCCACUGAGGCCUGGCUCGUAUUACAAUGGACAACAACGAUUUGCCGACAUGCAUACGCUUCCUUCUAUGACCUACGGAAGCGCUUUUGUAUCCCGGCGAAUUAGGAGUACGGGGAACUCGUUCUCGCCUACGGAUCAAUGCCCUUCCUUGCCCUCUACAGCCCUUUAUCACGGUCACGCCAUUGCUCGCGGCCAUUAUGAGCCUCCCUAA